AAGGAGAGCGGCGGUCCCCACCUUGUGUGAGGUGAAAGUUGCCGCUUUAAGGAGAGCGACGCGCGACGCUGGUGCUGGUGCUGGUGGUCAAAGAUCUAUAAGAUCUUUGCUGGUGGUUGCGGGGCGCACUGGGAGCGGGAGCCGAAUCCGCCAUCGCCAUGAACGCAGAUCUACGCAGGGAGCGAGAAUCGGCCUCCUUCCGCACCGAGGCCCUCACACAGCUGUUGGAUGGGGGGCCCGAGAACACCCGGCGGCGCCGGGAGAUCGAAGCGCUUGCACUUAACGAUCCUGAGUUCCAACACGAAGACUUGAACUUCAUGACCUGUAGUGAGCGAUAUGAUGUAGCUGUGAGGAAAAGCUCCGUGAUGGUGAGGAAGAUCCGAGAGCAUGACAUCUCAAAUCCAGAGGAAAUCAUGUUCUUCAAGAGAGCUUGUCUGUCCGGCAAGGUAGAACCUCUGAAUCUCCACUUUGGCAUGUUCAUACCCACCCUGAAGAAUCAGUGUACUUCAGAGCAGAAAGAGAAGUGGCUGCACCUGUGUUACAACAUGCAGUACAUCGGCACCUACGCCCAGACCGAGAUGGGUCACGGUUCAUUCAUCCGUGGUCUGGAAACGACGUCAACUUACGAUCCUUUGACCCAGGAGUUUGAGCUGAACAGCCCAACUGUGACUUCAAUCAAAUGGUGGCCCGGGGGAUUGGGCAAGACCUCAAACCACGCUAUUGUCCUGGCUCAGCUCUACACCCAAGGUCAGUGCAGAGGGCUGCACGCUUUCAUUGUGCCCAUCCGCAAGAUGGGCACCCACGAACCUUUGCCUGGUGUGGUGGUGGGUGAUAUUGGACCAAAGUUUGGGUUUGAUGAGGUGGACAAUGGGUUCCUGAAGCUGGAGAAUGUCCGUGUUCCUCGUGAAAACAUGCUGAUGAGAUUUGCAAAGGUGAUGCCGGAUGGGACGUAUUUGAAGCCUCCAAGUGAUAAGCUAAUGUACGGCACAAUGGUCUUCAUACGCUCCAUGAUAGUUGGAGAGUCGGCACGUGCACUGUCUCAAGCGUGUACCAUUGCCAUCCGCUAUAGUGCAGUCCGACACCAAUCGGAACUGAAACCUGGAGCUCCAGAACCACAGAUACUGGACUACCAGACUCAACAGUUCAAGCUUUUCCCCCUGUUGGCGACUGCCUAUGCCUUCCGCUUUGUAGGAAACUUCAUGAGGGACAUGUACCAUCGCAUCACGGGAGACAUGAACGAUGGAGACUACAGCCAGUUGCCUGAGCUUCACUCUCUGUCAGCCGGACUGAAGGCCUUCACCACCUGGGUGGCCAGUGCAGGAAUUGAGGAAUGCCGCAUGGCAUGUGGGGGUCAUGGGUACUCACGGUCCAGUGGUCUACCUGAUAUCUAUGUCACAUUCACACCCACCUGCACAUAUGAAGGGGAGAACACAGUGAUGAUGCUGCAAACAGCCAGAUACCUGUUUAAGAGUUAUACUCGGGCUAAGUCUGGACAGGAUCUGUCGGGCACAGUGUCAUACCUGAAUGACUUGCACAACCACAUCCAGCCCCACCAAGUGGCUGGCCGACCCCUGGCGAGAAACAUCGAUGAUGUCGACAGACUUGUGGAAGCGUACAAACUGCGGGCAGCUAACCUGGUUGAAGGAGCUGUAGAGAAUUACCAUGUGGAGCUGGGCCACAGGAACAACAAGGAGGAAGCCUGGAAUAGCACUGCCAUUGAUCUGGUUGGAGCAUCGGGGGCUCAUUGCCACUAUGUGGUGGUGAAACUGUUUGCUGCCAAGCUAUCUGAGAUCAAAGAUGCCUCAAUUCAUGAUGUCCUCUGCACCCUCUUCCAAUUGUACGCAUUGCAUGGAAUCAGCAAGAACUCUGGAGACUUUCUGCAUGCUGGAAUCUUUAACGACCAACAGAUUUCCCAGGUGCAGCAACGUGUGAAGGAACUUCUGGCUGCAGUGCGACCCAAUGCUGUGGCUCUAGUUGAUGCCUUCGAUUACCCUGAUGCCAUCCUUUCAUCUGUGCUUGGGCGCUACGAUGGCAAUAUCUAUGAGCACAUGUUUGAAUGGGCAAAACGAUCACCUCUGAAUAAAACUGAGGUCCAUGAAUCAUUCCACAAAUAUCUGAAGCCACUGCAGUCCAAACUGUGAGACUACUGAUGGUUUUUUGCAUAAGAAGUUGGACCUAGCUGUAGAUCAAACUCUCAAUCUUUAAUUUCAGUUCUCCAAUUGCUGACCAACUAGACCUGCAGUUCUUUCCAGCUGCUGAAUCAGGAUUAAGUAAUUCCUAUCCCUUCUGUCAUCAUGUCCUCUGGUACUAUUGUGUAAUUUGAUUCCAUUCUCCUUUAUCACGCACUACCCAAUCGCCUCUUCUCACUGAUCCUAGCAUUGUGUGUGGUCUAGCGUUUGCCAGCAGUGAUACAGUUCCUGGACUGCAUUUUCAUCCUACUGCACCAUCUUAUGCACCAGUGUUCCCCUCCUCAAAGCUUAACAUUAACUCUGGAAGGUGCUGAGGACACUAAGGAUAAACCCCAACCAUCUCUUCUGUGGAACGGUUUUGCAUCUAUUUCACACUUGUUUUAAUUUAUGCACUGUGUUUUGCACACUGGUCACUAACACACUUAGUCUUGUGCUAGCCUACUAAGAUGAUCUACAUUAAUGAAUAGGGGGUAAAGAUUAAGAUCAGUUUGUUAGUAGUCAAUAUAAAAAAUGGUGCAGAGACUGGGAUGGAGAUUGGUAGCAGAUCUGAAGGAACAAUGUUCCCUCCUCAAGGCACAAGUGAAGGAAUUUAUGGUGUUUUUUUUGUGAGCCUUCGCCCUCUAAUAACGUGUGCCUUAAAAAAAAAAAUCAACCAUUCCUUUCUCUCACUCUUCCCCCACCCUACAAGUACUGCUCAACCCCCUGAAUUCCUCGUGCAUAUUGUAAAGUCUUAUUGAUCAUCCUAACUGCGCUAUAAAAAUUUAUAACUGAGAUAUAAUCAUAGAUUCAUAAAUUCUAAACCACGAACGAUGACUUUAUAGGGAUGCAACAUGUGACGCACUGUUCACCACACCAUACCAUUUUGCACCUUUUAUAUAAAUAAAAACAUAACCUGAGCAUGGAGAUUAAAGUAACAUGUUUAUUUGCAUCUUUAAAUGCAAAGCUAAGGGUGAUAAUGUUGCAGGUGAAAGAGACGUCAUUUCAAUUGGUUCUUUGACCUCCACGUGAUCUAUAAUAAAACUAGGUGGAUAGAAUCACACAGCUCGAGUGCAUUGUGGAGAAAGAUUUAAACAACUGUAUCAAAGCUGCAGGUAAUUUGAGGUGCUUGAAGGAGAAAUUAUAGUUUCACAGUUUGAUGUAAUAUCUUUGAAUUUAGGAAUGUAAUUAAUAUUGAGGGGAAAUGAUUAGAGGAAUUCAAACAAGGGUUUUUCUUUGGAUGGGGUGGUGGGGCAGGGAAAGACAAGGGUUCAGAAAGCCUGUAGUAUUUUUAUAGACUUUAAAGGAGGUUGGGAUGGGUAAGUGAUUUACAAGGACAGGUAGUUGACAGCUCAAGUGAGGGCGAUGAUGACACCACCUGAAGAUACAUAAAUGUGGAAGAAGAGAGCAGGGACGUUAGGUGUUUAGAUGUAUAAUGUUUCAAUGGUCAAGGGAGCAGAACCUGGGCUAGGAAGCAAGAUGUCCGCAGUGAGGGCAUGAGGAGAGAUGGGAGAGAGCAACAAGAAGGAUGUUACUUCAAGACGCACUGUGGUAGCCUUGAUCGUGUUAUUGUUCCUUCUGGAAUACCUCUAAACCCUGCUUCCAAAAGCAACCUCAUGCAUUCACUGAAUACGUGGUCCUGCCCAGUGUUUGUGUGUGUGUGUGUAUUUUAACAAACAGUUUUCUCCAGGCAGUUACUGCUAUUUAAUGCUAUCUGCUUCCGAACACAUGUUCUCACAGGUAAAUAGAUAUUGAUCAGUUUCAGUUAAUUCUUUGAGAUUUUUAGGACUAGUUUUAUAGUGAAUACAGUGACCAUUUUGAAAAGCCAACAAGCAGUGUCUUUGCUCUUUUCAUCUCUGUUCGGAGAUUGGGUGAUUUGCAGUAUCUUUUCACGUACCCUGCCACAACUCGAACACUGACUGAGUGGGUUAUCGGCGAAUUCUGAUGAAAAUAGGGAUGACUGAGGAGGGAAGGAACAGCUGACGCUGGUCUCUUGGAUGUCAGUGAUUCACAGAUUCCAUUGUCAUGUGUACUGACUGCUAGGGAACUGAAUUGGCUGCUUCAUUCUUGAAUAGGGCUAUUGAAUAGCCAGAAUAUACAGGCACACAGAUUCCUUUUGAAGCCUGCCAGAUUUCGCAAUGACUUAUUUUGCAUUCCCACUGACAGUAAUUUAAGAGACUAACUCGUUUGAAACUAAAUCUGGCAGUUGGCAUAGAGUAGGAAUAGAGGGUAAUAUUAUUAAAUUAUGCAGACAAGCCUUAAAUGCAUGUCAAAUUAUGUUAAAUACCUUGUGUUUCAGGAUGAAGAAUUAGUGAAGGUUUUGUGUGACCUGGGCAUUUUAGUGUUGUCCAUUAACUUGCGUUGAUAUUAAUGUACAAUCCAGCUUGCACAUCAUUAUUCCCUUGUACUAAAAUGAUUUUGGAUGCUGCUUUUCUCCUCGGCUUUUCUUUGUUUUCACUCUUUCUCUUCAUCAAUCCUAUCACACCUAUCUUCUCUUACCUUUCUAGAUUUACAUUUAAAACAGCUGCAUGGCCUAGAUUGAAAUUGUGUAUCCGAGAGACUGAUUUACUGAGAGGAGGCAAACAUUAUUGGCAGAUAAUUAUUAUACUCGCACCUGAUUCCUAUGAUUGUGGCCAAGGUAAAAUUGGGCAGUUUUUUGCUACUAGUGAUUUUAAUGUAAUUUUCUACCCAAAAUUCUUGUACAUCUAUCAAGCUGCAGGUACACCUUGUGGAACUCUUGAACAUCAAAUUCUGUCUCAUUUUGUGAAUGGUUUUAACACGUUUUAAUCAAGUUGCAAAUGUAUUAAAAUUUUCUGUGAUUUGUUGCCUACAAUUGUUCACCAUCUCUGCAGUUGGAGAUCAGGCUGCAAAGCCGUGCACUGGCUUAUGUUGACUACCGUGACUGUGUCAUAUUUUAAGCUGCCGCAUGUCUGCCUGAUCAGAUGCCACAUGUGUCGGGCCAGCAAUCGCCACAUUUUGUCAUGUUCAAGGAAAUGAAGGGGAGUCUAGAACUUCACACAGCCUGGUAGUCUAGUUAAUUCCAAGCUUCAGAACAAAACCGGGAAAGGAAAUGUGUGUACCGGUUAUUAAGAGCUGUGUUAAUGACUACAUGUGUGCGUGCUGUUUAGCCAUCAAGGCCAACUAUCAUCACAGAUGCCAGUAUUUGGAAUCAUUCUGCUCUUUAAAAUUAUGAUGAUCCUAAGGAUUAAACCGCAGAAUCAACUAGAAUUUAUUUGAUCGUUGGAGGAAAUUGUGCUGUUUAUUGUAAUGGGAAUUUGUUAAUAUGAUCAGUGCAGCACUUUAUAUACCAUUUAAUAAAUGUAUGAUCAAUAAAAUAAUGCAAAAU